GUACACAUACAGUUGUCGGCUGUCACUGUAUGCGUAGAAGAGAGCUGGCUGUAGAGCUAUCCGCUAUCUGGUUCUUGAACAAAAAUUCUAAAGAGCCUGGAACAAGCUCUUGGGCUGGCCCUAAAUAAUCGUGUGCAAAAAUAUCUUAUGGCGUUACGCAUCUUGUUAUUCUAGUGUCUUUGGGCGAUCGAUGGGCUCAAAUAUGAGCUGAGGCGCUAGAAACAACUUUAUUUGGGGGAAAGUAAUGUACGUGGUAUAAUUAAAUGCAUUAGCCUGAAAAGACUUUCCCACCAUCAGUCUGAGGACUUUGUAUGUGUAAACCUCUCAUAACUUUAAUUUAAGAACAAACACUGGCACUUGUUUGUUGUGUUUGAAGUAACAUCGGAACGUUUUCCUAACAGAAGGACCUUUAUAUAAUCAGGGACCUUUAUAUAUCUCAAAUACAUACCAACAUUCUGAAACGCUAGGGAAAGAAACUUAAUGAAACUAUAAACAUUACUAUCGAAACGAUAGAAGGCGAUGAAAUCAAUGCAAAGGGCUUCAUCGAACCAGUUUCUAUUUUGAGUCGACUUCGAAAAUAAGUGUUCUUUCAAGUGUUCUUGUGUUUUAAGCAUUUAUCAGAAAGAUGAACAAUAAGAUCAUUUUCAAGAAAUUACGCAAUCGUAUGGUUCCAUACUCCCCACCGGCGAGUCUAAAUCCCAGGAAUAACCUGGAUCGCGUUCGGAAUGCGCCAGCACCACAACGUAACAACUCUGUUCAGGUUGAGGCUACUCUUGGAGAAAUAGCUCCGACUAUGGCUGAAGUUACCGUUGAUGGUGAGUAUACGGCUGAGGCUGAGGUUCAAGUUACAGCAGAGGCUGACCCUAAUACGGAGUUUGGAGUUAUGGGCGAGGCUUACCCUCAGUCAGAGUUUGGAGUUUUGGCCGGGACUGACCCCAAUAUAGAGGUUGAAGUUAUGGACGAGGUUGACCCUCUGGCACAUGUUGAAGUUUUGGCCGAGGCUGACCCUAAGGAAGAGAUUGAAGUGUUGCCCGAGGCUGACCCUGAGAUUGAUUUUGAAGUUAUGGACAAAGCUGAUCCUACGGCUGAGGCUGAGAUUGAAGUUAUGGAGGAGGCUGACCCUAAGACUAAUACUGAGGAUGAUGAUAUGGCUGAGGUUGACAUUGACCCUAUGACCGAGGUUGAAAUGAUGGCUGAUGCUGACCCUAAGGCUGAUGCUGAAGUUUUGGCUAGGGCUGACUGUAAGGCAGAGGUUAAAGUUUUUCCCGAGGUUGAGAUUGAAGUUCUUGCCGAGGCUGACCCUGAGAUGGAUGUUGAAGUUAUGGACAAAGCUGAUCCUACGGCUGAGGCUGAGAUUGAAGUUAUGGAGGAGGCUGACCCUAAGACUAAUACUGAGGAUAACGCUGAUGCUGACCCUAAAUAUGAGGAGGAGGAUCAAGUCAUGGCAGAGGUCUCAGUCAGAGCCUAAUUUAAGCAGUUGGAAGAAAUGGUUCUUCUGAAACAAAUGAAGAUAACGAAUUUAUUGCUUUGAAGUAGCCGACACUUCAAAUUCUUCAGACCCAAAACGCACCAUUAUUCCGAAAACACACCAGAAAUAUAUUCCCAGACUGUUAUCGUUAAUUGCUCACAUCGCUUAAAGGAGAUUGAUUGUUUCAUUGAUGCCUUUACCCCCCUUCCACCUUUUCCACCCCACAUAAUGGAGCAAAUUGGAGAUGUUGCCGCCCAUAUGGCGUAUAUGAAUACAUAUAUAUUGAA